UAUCAGUGAGCUCUUGGCUUAACAAUGAGGGUCAAUAUUUCAGCUUCCUGUCUUGUGUUGGCUCUCCUGUGUGUGUUUCUUGUGAGCGAUUUUGUUGCGGGUGAUCAGGAUCCUAAGGUGAAGGACGAUAAGCACUUGUUUUUUAAGCGUCCGCGACCUCAUUUUGUCAAGGGAGGAGGCUUCGGUGGAGGCAUUGGUGGAGGAGGUGGCCUAGGGCGUGGGAUUUAUAGGAAAAGGUUUAAGCAUGGAGGUGGCUUAGGAGGUGGUUUUGGUGCUGGUGGUGGGGCUGGCUUCGGCGGUGGAGCUGGUUUCGGAGGUGGCGGUGGUCACUAGCUAGCUCAUUAACUCGGUCCUUUCUGCUUCAACUGCAUGAUUACUUAAUUUAGUUAAUAUGCUACCUUCCCUAAUUUCCUUUCGUCCUGCAAUUUCUAGUUUAAUCUGUGAAAUGUCUGUCUCCUUCAUGCAAACGACCAGAAAAGUGUAUUGUCGAUCUGUGCAUUGGCCGGACGCAAUAUUUGUACGUUAUUUUCCCACAUAUAUUAUCCCCAAUAAGUUUCUGCAGUUUCAAUUUAUAUUAAACUGAAGAUG